CAACAAGCAUUGAAUAUAUAUAAACAUGUCAUCUGUUGCUAAACAAGCUGUCAAGAAGGUAGACUUUGCCAAAGUUAUCAACAGUUUAGGAUUAACUGGUUCUACUGCUGCUUCUUUGACCGCCUUCAAGAAGAGACACGAUGAAGCUGUCAAGCAACUUUCCAGUUUAUCUUCUCAAACCACUGAAGUUGACUUCGAUUACUACAGAUCCGUCUUAAAGAACAGCAAAGUUGUUGACGAAAUUGAAAGAUCCGUCAAGGCUUUCAAACCAGUUUCUAUUGAUGUUUCCAAGACUUUAAAGAAUAUUGAAAUUUUCGAACAACAAGCUAUUGAAAACGCUAAGGAAACCGAAGAAGCCGUUAUUAACGAAAUUCAACAAUUGAAGGUAACUCUCGGUGAAAUCGAAAAGGCUAGACCAUUCGACCAAUUGACUGUUGACGAUGUUGCCAAGGCUAGACCAGACUUGGACGAAAAGGUUGAAUACAUGGUCAAGAACGGUAAGUGGGAAGUUCCAGGUUACAAGGAAAAGUUCGGAGACUUGUCUGUUAUGUAAGCAAUAUAUAUUCAUUAUUACAUUCCAAACUUAAACUACAACCCUUACAUUGUAACAGAUAUAUGUUACUUAUAAAUAUACAUAAUUAGAAAACAUUAACAAAGGUCAUAAGUUAGACCAUUUAUUUGUAGUCUUUUGAAAUAACUCUAUUCGGUUGUCUUUGUUGAUAUGCAUAAUACUAUCAAAGCUUUCUAGUAGAGCCAAGGGAAGUUUUGAAUAUUUCUGGCAGUCGAAAUCUAUAAGUGUGCUUUCUUUUGCGGGAUUGAUUCCUACAUCAAAUUCAAUAUCAAACGCAGUUACCACGACCGAACAAUGGUAUUUGUGUCUAAUUUGUUGUAGCAACUUUGUUAGUGUUAUAAAGCUCUCCUGUGAUGACUCAUAUGAUUCGAAACCAAGCUUGGAAUAAUUAUACUUAUCUGCUAUCUUUACAUCCCAGUAAAAUGCAGAGAUGUUGUCAAUAAGUAACACAUCCAAUUUGUUGCAAAAAUCAAUGGUACCUAACAAAAGUUGUCGCAAUAAGUAUAGUAAUUGAGGAAAAGAAUUCGGAGACGCAUGUGGUGACAUACUUAUAGUUCUUUCAAGUUGGAUUCCAUUCAUACAAGACACGAUAUACGUGUUUUCCUUGUAUGUUGCCAACUCAGUUAGUACUCGUUGUAGUAAUUGUUGAUUCUUACAUAAGCAAAGACUUGCCAGCUUCGGUCGAACUAUAUCUGAAUUUUUAAACACUAUUAUUUCCCUCUCAGGAAAUAUCACAAAGUUUCUCAACGGUUCGAUCUUCAUCACGUUACCUGUUGUGUUUACUUGUUGUUGAA